GUUGUGCCAAUAAAAGGCUAAAUGGGAAGACCCAGAUAAUUAUAAGUCUGUCAGCCUGACAUUGGUCUCCGGGAAAAUAAUGGAAUGGUUUCUAAAGGACUCAAUUAAUAAAGAAUUAAACAAGGGAAAUAUAGUUAUUACUAAUCAGCAUGGGUUUAUAGAAAACAGACCAUGUCAGAUUAGCUUGGUGUCAUUUUUAUGGUAUUACAAAUUUGGCUGAUGUAAUGAAGUUCUGUAGGGCACUGACUGGGUACAAAGUAUUGAUGAAACCUAUGUGCUUAUUUAGCAGUGCAGAAGCAAAAUGGGUAAAUUCAGAGCUGUAUGGUUAACAGCAUAGGAAUUGGGUUUUUGCUGCUUACAGUGAAGAACAAUGUACCUUGAAAACAGACAUGGGUCUAUUUUCUGUUGAGCCAGAGCCUGUACUUCGCACACAGCUCUAUCUCCCUGGAGCAUGAUGUAUCCCACUAUUCUUCUAAAAGUAAUGAGCACAAUCAAUUACUGGUAAAAGCCAUCGGGAUCCGAUGGCGAACUGUGAGCAGCGUGUUUGGAUGCUGUCUGAUAGAAAGAUUGCAGGUAGACAGAAGGGUGAGAAGCAUAGGUGAAGACUGAAGGGGUAUAAGGAUGGUACGUGACAACAGAAACAUCUUUUGAUUCUUUUCUCAUUUUAUGUUUCUCUUUGGUUGACCAGCUGGGUCCUUUUGUUGAUUUGUUUGAGGCUGCCAUUUAAUGGGUAGAGCACCCAGCACGGUCAAGUGCUACGUGGUACUUCCUAGAAAUGGGAACUGUGAUGAAGUAAUUCUCUUAUUGCAACCUCUACUGUCAGAAAAAAACUACACAAAGGCUAAAAGAGAACAAUUUGUAGUUAGCAUGUAUGAAGACAAAAUUUAACAACCGUUUUUACUGAGUUCUACUACAAUUUUUUCAAUCUCUUCUUAUAUAAAUCAUUGGCUUUGCUUCCCAAGAGUUGAUUCAUUAAAAGUGGAUCAGAGUAUUUUCUUUUAUAUUGGUUGGUUGUUAGAGCUUCCUGGAAACAUUAAUUUCUGUUCUUAUGAGAAUUCAGAUCUUGAAGAUAGAGCAGAGAAUAGAAGGAAACCUUCCAGAUUUCUAUCAGCCAUGAUUGAUGAAGAGUUGCUGAGCAAAGCUGCAAGAAAUUUCCAUACAUUCAUCUUGCCCACAAGUUUUAUGGGAAGUCCAACUGUAUUCCUGGAGAACUUUCAUAGGAGUGAGGAUUAUGCUGAAAAGAAAAACACGAUAGCAAAAGCUCUGGAAGAUCUUAAAGCCAACUUCUACUGUGAACUCUGUGACAAGCAGUACUAUAAACACCAGGAGUUUGACAAUCACAUUAACUCUUAUGAUCAUGCUCACAAACAGAGACUGAAGGAACUGAAACAGAGGGAGUUUGCUCGAAAUGUAGCAUCUAAGUCAUGGAAAGAUGAAAGAAAACAGGAGAAAGCCCUUCAACGUUUACACAAGCUAGCUGAGCUAAGGAAAGAGAGAACGUGUGCUCCUGGAAGUGGCCCUAUGUUCAAAUCCACUACAGUGACUGUGCAAGAUGAUUGCAAUGAUACCCCCAAAAGUGCCGCCAUAGAUUCUACCAAAAGCCAGAAUUUCAGCUGUACAUUAAUGCACGAUGCCCAGAAUUGCAAAGACGUUGCUUCUGUUGUUUCUUCCUCUCCUGGAGAUACAGGUAGUCCUCAAUCCGACACUAAUAAAUGCGGAGAUCAGGUUCAAGGAGCUCAAGGACACAGAGUUGGGUUCUCCUUUGCUUUUCCUAAGAAAGCAGCAGUCAAACUGGAGUCUUCAGCUGCCGUUUUCUAUGAGUUUAAUGACGAAACCUCCAUGGAGCAUGGAUUUAGCAGAAGAAGUAGGUUUGUUCCAGAAACAUGUAACCUUCAGUCUCCUUCAGCAGCCGAAAUAGUUGUAUGCCCUGAGGAGAAACACAACUGUUUUCACCCACUGGUGGAAAAAUGCACAGACACAGCAGAAGCUCCUGAAUCUCAGGAGUCAAAAGGGCCAUCUAGUGAGGAAAGCGGGGUGCUGGAGAGUCCCGCUGUAACUCCUGCCAUGUCCCACUCAAAGCAUCCGGUGUCCUUGGACACGGAUAGCCACAGUGUGGAUGUAAGUGCAGCCGACUUGGGGCACCAAACACUGCCCCUGGCUGCAGACAGUGCUCAGGUCCUGCCCCUGGAUGGCAGUGGGCAUGAGCUGCAGGCUAGCAGAGCUCCUGUGCAGGAACUUGUGGAGGAUUGUUCUUCUCUGCAGGAUGUUGCGGAGGAGAACUAUAAUGACGGGAACAGUGAUCCAUCUGCAAAUGAAACUGAAAUAAAAAACCUGGGGGCAGAUGCAGUAGUUCCAGCACCAUCUGAAGAAGGUAGUGGAGCCCCAAAAAGCAAACCGGACAUGUACAAGAGACCCUGUCAACCCUUCGUUCCUGUUCUUAGCAAAUACGGAUCAAAUAUUCUUCAGUGGCCAUCAGAAAUGUUAAUUUACACAAGUACAGACCCAUCAAUUUCGUAUAGCUGUAAUCCUUUAUAUUUUGAUUUUAAGUCAUCAAGAGCAAGUGACAGCCAAGAAAAGCCCAAGCAUCAACCAAACAUACCUCAUUUGCACCAUAAAACUGAAUCUCACCAUGUCUUGGUCUCGGAUUUUACAAAUAAACCUACUUCAGAGUGUGGUGGUUAUGAAGUAGAAGUGAAGAAAAAUGUGUGCAACUAUACAAUACCCCUAUUAAGUGAUGUUUCCCUCUUCAGAAAUUGUGACCUUGCAAAAAAUCAAAACAAAGUGUCCUUGGAUGAGUCGUUCACGAUUAGAAAAAUAGAAAAGUAUCACAUAUCUCAAAACCCCUUACAACAAAACACUGUGAUAGAUGAGAAAUACAACAAAGUCUGGAUCAAAGAAGGCCAUGAAAAAUGGCUUCACAGAGGCAGAAAAAGUAAAAGGAGAAGAAAAUUAUGUCAUUGUCAUUAUCAUCACUGUGGGGACACAACAGUACCGGAAAUGGAGAUGUCUCCAGUAACCGAAAAAGAAGUUACUUACAGAGAUGAAAAUAAAUAUCAGCACCUCCAAAAUAAUUCAGAGAAGUGCAGACAUGAUGCAGGGAAUAUCUGGUUAACUGCGAGUGAGGUACUGCAGUCACAUCGAAAAUUUGGCAUUGAAAAUGGUCCUAAGAGAGUCAUGUCUGCAUCAGAUCACAUACACUGGGACAGAGGCUGGUGUGACUUUUGGAGUGCAAAAAAUAGUGGCCAACACCAUGGUUGUAAAGGACCACACAGAAAGAGCAAAGCAAGCUCCCGAAGGCAGGCAAAGCAGCUGACUACGAGUUCCAGGAGGCACAGCCUAAGGCACUCUAAAACGUGCUGUAGCUGGAAAGGCAGGAGGUCAAGCUAUAACCCAGAGCAUAAAUGUUUAGGACAAUGCAGUGAGGAGAAGGGGCUGAGCCAAAACCAGCCCAUAAAGAGAGGUUACAGUGUUCUGACAGAAGAGCCUGAGAAACCCCACCGCAAGCGGAGGCAGCACACCUACUCUUCUUCCUCGGAUGAAAGUUCAUGUGGACAGACAUUAUCAGCAGAGGAAUGUCUAAGGCAAGUACAUGCUUUAGGUACAUAUCACAAGGCAAAAGGGAAACACAGGAGAAGGAAAACUAGAAUCCAUCAUGUUUUCCUUGACAGGAAUGCAAAAAGUGAGACCUCUGAACCUUCCAAAGAAAAUUCUGCAAAUUCUACAUUAAAUAUUUUGGGGGACCUAUUGACUCAAGACUAUCUAGAGGAAACUAAUGCAGAUCCCAAAGAUGAUGAUGCAAAAGAUAUGGAUGAAACAAUGGAGCUGGAGGAAAGCAAGGCGCCUCUAGAAACUGCUGGCCCACAGGUGCUGGAAGAUGAUAAACUGAUGGCGUGCGCAGCGAUGGAGAGCGCACCGGCCAUGCUUCCUGAUGUCAUCACAAGUUCUGCUGCUUCUGCUCCUGACCACACUGCUCCAGCAGCUGCUGCCAAGCAGGAUCUUCCCCAAGAGGCAAAGAAAAAAGAAAAUGUCAACAGUCGUGAAAAUCAAGCUCGUUACAAAAUUCCCGUCCCCAACAGACACUUGGAACAUGCUCCUCCUAAAUCCUAUCUUUGCCAUUAUGAAUUGGCCGAGUCUCUACCGCAUGAGAAAAUGGGUGAGGUAGCCGGUGAAUGGGUGCAGUGUAAUCCUGGCAUGUUUAGCAGCCCCCCGCCCUUGCCAUUCAAAGAAGCACAAGUAAACAGUCACACCUUUCUAACUACCGAGCAGUUAAUAGCCCCCUUCCCCCUGCCCGAUCAGACGCUGAUAUUCCCUCCUGAUAACCAUGAGAAGUUCAAAGAGCUCCCAUCGGAGGCGUAUCAGCAGAUCGUGCCGCAGAACGUGCUGUCCAGCAAAGUGAAGUUCGCGUUCGCCCCGCCGGCGAUGCAGCCCCCGGGCUCGCCGCUGCCGCCCUUGCCGCUGCAGCCGCCGCUGUGCUCUACCUCGGUGACCACCAUCCACCACACCAUCCUGCAGCAGCACGCUGCCGCCGGCGCGCUCAAGGUUCUCCAGCCCCACCAGCAGUUCCUCUCGCAGGUCCCGGCUCUUUCCAGAGCGCCUUUACCUCAUCUGCCGGUAGGACCGCGGCUCUGCCCGGGCGGCCACGCAGCCUUUGUCGCCCCGCCGCACCUGCCGCUGCUGCCGCCCUCGGUCCUGCCCCCCGUCCCGCUGGCCUUUCCCCCGCUGCCGCACACCGUCUUCCCGUCCCUGCUGGCCCCGCACCCGGCUGUCAUCCCCCUGCAGCCGCUCUUUUAGGACAGGAGUGGAGGAAGGAGCGUUCAGCUAAACCGUCCUGCUGUUUCUACAGUUCCCUCAAGCUUUGCAAAGUGGUUCUGUGAACUAAACUGGUUAAAAUUUCUCAUUCCGUGGGAAGCAUUUACUGUACGUAUAAUGAUGCAACAAACAUUCAUGGCAAGUUCAGACCUAUACUAUUACUAAAGCACUGAAUAGUCUGAUACUAAUUACGAACUAUAUAUAUGUGAAAAUCAUGUCUUAGAAUAUGUAUAAUGUAUAUAAAAUAUAUUUAUAGUUCUAUAACUUAUGUUGUAAAGUAUUCACUUUUUGGUUUUUUAUCUUUGUGUAUUUGCACCUAUUUAAUGUUUAGACAAAGCUGAUGCACUAUGUUUUGUACUAUGUUCUCUGAAACUGUAAAUCUAGUGACAAAUAUCUCUUGCAAUAAAUUUUUGUUAACUACUUAAGUAUAUCAAAAAUCUUUCAUUAUAAGCCUCAUGGAUGUUGUUCUUCCAUGUUGUUCUGCAGCUGAAUAGCAUCCUCUGCCCCUGCUAUGUUAGGAUAACCAGGUUUCCUACAUGUCAGUGAUUUAUUAGGGAGGCUCAGAGGCCAAUACCUUGAGUGCAGCUGUCUCACCAAGCCAGAGAGAAAGGGUAAUAGAUGUGUUUGUGUUAGCGGCUUGAUGUCACCGUGACAAAUUUUGCCUACUUGUACUAUGUGCACAAACUGCUGACUGGUGGAGCUGAUCCCUUUUAUACUAAACCACAGAAAGACAAUGUAACAAAUAUAAUGCUGGUGAUGGAAGGGGAAGAAAGGAUAAUAUUGACAGCAGUUUGGCUUCGAGGGAAUAUUGCUUGUAGCAGAAGGGUAGAGCCUUGGUUCCCCUGAGCAGUUUCUCUGAUGGUCCACAAAUCUGUUGGAGGGAGCUCCUUGCUGCUGGGCAGCGUGUGAAGGCAGCAAGAACACAGGAGGAUGAGGGGGAGGUCAGGAAAUCCACCAGAGUUUGAUACGAAUUCUUACCUCUUCACCCCACUACUUCCUCCAGCAUUUCGUUAAAGAAGUAGAAUAACAACAGAAUAGAGAUGAAUUAAUAAUAUACUGCCAUUGUUUCUAACUGUAUUUCAGAGACUUCUCCCUACCUCUGCAGCCUUUUUAUUGCUGUCAAGGUUCUUUUUCAAGCUUUAGUGAGGUGAAAUCUCGUUUGCUUUAGUAUAAGGUGUAUCAGACCCAUGCCUGCGAUAGUCCAGAAUAAAAGCAGAAGUCAUUCUGAGAUAGAACCAUCCCUUUGGGUUAAAAUGAAGUGUUAUGUGAAUGAAGCCACAGAUUUGCAGCAUGAAGGUUAGUGCUAUAAGUAGGCCCUCCAUAAUAAAAGGUAGGUGAUAGCUCUCUCAAUUAAUUACUUCUUUUCACCUUUUUAUAUACUAUAAUAAAAUCAUAUAAAGUUGAACUGAAAGAAUAGUGAAUUUUAAGUAUUACUAAUAUACAUUGCAUAUUAAUAGCUACAUGCGUUAACCAUUUGCAAAGUAAUGCUAUAUCCUACAACAAAUAUAUCUGGAUCUUAUUUUCUGCAUUGAUAGCAUUAGAACUUACCUGUAUCAAUAUUGCAAGUUUUAGUAUAAUAUUACAUUAAAACUAUGGCAAACAACAUCUUGCCACUCUGAUUAUAGAGUCACCUGCUCAAGGGAUGUGAGCUUUCCAUGUUGUGCAGUUGCAAAGGGCUAAACUAUGUUAAUAAGCAAAAAGCUGAUGAGAAAGAGCAGGUGAGCAGCCAGGUUCUGGAGAGUGCCCGGAUCCCCCGCCUGAGGCUGCAGCAGGGCGUGGGAUGUUGCUGAGCACCCACCCCUGUAAUGCCAGAAGGAAGGUAUAUUUUCUCUAGUUCUAACUUCAGGUGGAUGCCCACUUCUAUUUAUGUGGUACCUAAAAAAUACAGGAAUAAGUGACUUUAUACUCCUUUGUUUCAAGGGUAUGCCUGUGUAAGGUGUUUGUCUCUACUACAUCCUGUCACUGAGCACAGGAAUCUCCGUUGGAAGCGGGAGGGUUGUCCUGGGUGACUUGGGUCCCUUGGGUGACAUGUACUGGCUUCUGCACUUCUGCCGUCCUCAGUGGGAGGCAGCACAGACAGUGCCCUGGGUUGCACUGUCCCAUCAAAGACAAAAUCCAUCUCAUCAUAGAGCAGUACAUUAAGAAAAAAAGAAAAAGAAUCCACAUAGGACAAAUAUGGUUGCACGUUCUGGCAGGAGAUUAAAAAUCCCCAAUUUAAAAUUUUCAGUUGCAAUGUUCAUUGGAAACUCCCGUCUAUGAACUUGGAAGUCCACAUUUUUUCACCAAAAUGUUCCAGCAACUUUGAAUUCUACUUUUUCCUUACAAUUUAAAUUAUUUUUUCUAUAUUAAGUUGUUAAACAGUUUUAAGACAUUGCACAAUUCUUUAUUAUCUACUGUAAUUGCUGUUCAAUAGUGUAUAAACUAUUUAAAAUAAAAGACUAAUAACCAUAAAAUGUAAUAAUUUUCUAAUAUGGUAUUGCCUUUAAUCCUAGAACUGUUUGUAUAUGUGACUUCAUAUGUAAAAGCAAAAGCAGUAUAAAAAUAAACCACAAGUUAAGUUUCAAAUUGAACACACUAAAUUAAAUUACCUACUGAAAUAUUCUUUUGAGUUUCUGUUUUAUUAUUAAAUACAUAACUUCUAGUAAGUUAUAUAAGGGUAGUUCUGCUUUUGUAUGUUUUAUCUGGUAUUUUAGAUUAAAUGUAUAUUUUUAUUCCAUAAAUUGGUAGUGUAAUUUAUAAACAAAAACUAUUGAAAGUGUUAAAUAAUUGAAUUUUUAUAAUUCUAAAUAAAUUCUACCCAAUUCCUUAAAUCUAAGUAAUUUACUUCUGAAUUUAAAAAUUUGCACAAAUCUAGUGUGUCUAUGCUCCUGGCCACUUUGCCAAAUUUAGAAUUUAUUGGGGUUUCUUCCUAGUGCAAGCAGUAAAAGCGUUGCUCCCAAAGGGCAAGAAUUAGACCUUCAGAUCUAACCCUAAGUGAGGUUAGAGAUUUUGUGAAGUGAUUUCCCAGACCAGCUCUGCAGAGAAGUACCUGAAAAGUUAUGCUGUUCCAUUGAGAUGAGAAGAAUAUCUUUAUUUUGAUCCUUAGGAAGUUGCAGCCUGCCCAGACUGGCCUUCUUGGGGAUGUUCCAUUUCUCAGGUAACGUGAGCUAUAAAAUAAUGGUCCAGAGGAGCUCUUGGGCAUUGAGGAACGUAACUGUCUCAUGUUGUGAGGGACAGUUUGGAGUAACUGGGCUUUUGUCUUGUGUCUCUUGUGUCUGUAAGUACACAGCAAUUUUAAAAUGCUACCAAUACAUGCAAAGAAUCAGAUUGUUCAUUCGGUUUCGUUCACAAGCUAGAAGCUACUCAAGCUGUUUAUUGCUGGGGAGAAAUGACCAGAUUUCAGGUUCUGCAGGAGUAAGCAAUGAGUUGUGGCUCACGGAGAAAGUGCUGGUCACAGACAUUGGUAAAAGAAACACUUUGUGUGGAGGAUUAUUGUAUGAGAAUGUUUUUACCUUUCAGUUUAAUCAAACAACAAUGAAAUGGUUAUGAAGCAAUGUCUUCUUUACCUGCAAUGUUAACUUUUCAUUAGCUGGUCAACUUUUGGCACUUGUAAAAGUGUCCUUUGGGUACAGUAUUGAAAUGAAGCUUUAAAAGGCUAUUGGAACAUCCACUUCUCUUUAUUCUUGUACAUGAUGAUGUGCUACUAAUACAACAGAUCAAAUGGCUAUAAUUUUUCUGACAAGUUUAUUUUGUGUAACUCUGCUUUUCCUUCAAAUUACAUGUUUUCUGUUAUGAUAAUAUUAACUUGAUAUGCUGCAGUUAAAAUACAGCUUUAAAUAUAUUUGUUCAGAUACUUC